AUGGUCCCAUCAUCCACGUUACUUUUAUUCCUCUUCCUCCUUCUCACCCUAGCAUACGCGACCGAGCAUGACACUGUCCAAAAGAGAGAUAUUGAUGGGCUAGUAAGUGGUAGCGAAUACAACUCGACUGAAGACAUCGAUAAAGUCAUAUGCGGCUAUCAGCUCAGCGGCAACUACUGUAUUCUCAACCGAGUGCUCUACUACGCUCUAAUAAUAUUCUCUAUCAUUGGAUACAGCCAUGUCUGGUUAAUCGCCGGAGCAUUAGCCUCAGCACUCACAUACUCUGGCACCGCAGCAAUCCAUGCAGUUAUUCUCUGCGUAGCAAGCCAAACCGGCACCUUCGACAUUGACAUUCUCGGCGCAUGGGCUGUAGUCAGUGUUGCCUGCUUGACAGUAAUGCCCAUAUUCUCGUUUAGUCCGAGCAUCCGCGAGUCUGUCGUCAGUCCGAUCUUCGGACUAUGGGGUACCCUUGUGGCGAUCGGUGCUAUAUGCAGCAUCGUCUCUCUGAACCGCGGAUUCCCGAACGAGCCUCCCUGUCUCUCAAGUGGGGAAAACCCACAGCUACUCAUCAGUCCUUCGCAGUUAGCGGAUCCAAGCUUUCAAUGCACAUAUGCCUGCUUCUCAAAUAGACAGACCCUCAGAGGACCCUCUGAGAUGAUUGCGAUACCGGCAUCGUUGCCCUUUGAGCACUUUGACGUCUGGCAGGGUGCGGCUGGAGUUACAUGUGCAGUUGGUAUUUACUGGGCGGUCUUAGGAUUCUGCUGGCCAGAUUUUCGUAAGAGCACAGAAACAGAGCUGCGAAAAUCAAUAAAAGCCAAUAAACCACGCUCUGGAGACCUAUCCAAGGCCCGUCGCGCAAGAGCUAAGGCCCGCAAAGAGGCACAUUUGGAGCUCGAAACGGGUGAAUACCCGGGGCCUGGGACGACUUUAACAGUCUGGUCUGUUCUCUCGACAGCUGGUGCCUUUGCUGUUAUCAUCCUCAAUGAGGUAUUCCUUCUUCACUAUGGCGGUGGUUUUCCAUACAAUGAGCAUCCAUACGCUAUUGGUCAAUGGGGUCCGUGGGUUGGUGUUCUGCUUGCUCUAACAGCGGCCGGGCUGGUUCGGUGGAGAGAACCAAAGUGGAAGGAGAGGCAGGAGAUACUUGAGAAGGAGAAAAAAGCUUUCGAUGAGAGGAAAGCUCUUGAAAAACAAGCCAAUCUCAUGCUAGCCGGUGGGACGGUAUCGGCUCCAGUGAACUCUGCAGGUCAGGACGGAGAAGAGGGUGGAUAUGCAACUAAGCCAUUUGUCGAUUCCUUCGGAGGGGACCUUGUUAGAGCAGCCUCCACGGGCGACGUGGUAAAUGUGAAGAAGUAUUUGGGAGAGCUUAUGGCGGCGGCAGCAGUAGCGGGUGUUCGAUUCAAUCUAGACAAGUCUGAAGCUAGAGAGGCACUGGUUCGUGCAGCGGGAAAUGGCUUUUUGGAAGUUGUUAAAUGUCUUCUUGAAUACGGUGCUGACGUCGAAGCGAUUGAUGGAUAUGGUAUGAAUGCGCUUACUCGGGCCGCAUGGGCAGGGCAUGAAGAUAUAGUUCAUCAGUUGGUUGUGAGGGGCGCCAAGGUUACUGGAUUUGGAGGCCAAGAGGCCUUCUCUCGAGCGAAAGCGAAUAAGCACACUCGCAUUGUGCAAUUUCUAAAGGCGCAUGGAGCGCCAUCGGGCUCAUCUGGCCCUCGUGCUACAAGGGCUAGAACGCAGUAG